AUAAAGUUAUCGUGUUAAAGUUGUUUUUUUGGUAUUUAAUAAAAAUAUAAUUGUCUACAAUUAAAACUAAAAAUUUGGAGAGAAUGGAAAAGAAACUAUAUCCUAACUUACAGGAAAUGUGUCGGUUGUGCUUAAAAGAAAAUGCUGCAUCGGUUUACAUUUUUCCCAAAGAAAAAAAUUCCGAUAAAUACACGGCAUUAUCCAUACCAAUGCGGAUAAUGGCUUGUGCAGCACUUGAAGUAAAAGAUUCUGAUGAUUUUCCAAAGAGAAUAUGCUAUGAAUGUCGUUUGCAAUUGGAGAAGUCGUAUUUGUUCCGUAAACAGAGUCAGUCUUCUGAUGCUAAGUUAAGGAAGCAUAUGCGGUUAAUAGGGAUGGGCAGAAAAAGUAAAGUGUUUGAUAAAAAACUGGAAGAGGACGAUGAUGAUGAUGAAAUAGAACUUCAAGAUACACUUGCUUUCAUCAAAGAACAAGAGGAUAUCCAUAAACAAAUGGAGAAAUCAAAAUUCGAUACAAUUAUAAACGAAAUGAAAUUACAAAAUGAACUCGAUCUGAAAAAGAUCAAAGAGAAUUUAAGGGUAAAGUGUCGGGAGGAAUUAACACCCGAAAUAAGAGAACAACUAAGGAAUGAAUUAAGACUGGAAGUGGAAACUGAGCUGGAAGAACACUUAAGAAAAGACAUAUACGAACAAUGUUUAACUGAAGCAAAAGAAGCUCUACGUGGUGAAGUGCGGGAAGAAUGUAGGCAAUUAGAAAUCAAGUGUCUGUUGAAUGACCUACAGACAUAUCUGACAAAUAAGAAAAACUCUUUGGAUCCAAAUUUACCAGCCAAUGAUAUUGUUGUUCUUAAAAAAGCAUGUAGUCCUACAACUGACAAAGAUCUUACUGCAAAAACAAAAUAUCUUUCACAGAAUUCACCCAAAAUUGAAGUGGUCCAAUUGAUGAAUAAAGAGAUUAUCCUAAAUGAAAAUAUAACCGAGAUUGAGUUGAAUACAAAUGAGGAAGAGUGUGAUAGCGAAGGAAAUUUUUUAAUUUACGACACAGAUGAUGGCGGUUUUGAUAUACAGAAAAAAAAUUCCGAAUAUAAAGAUGAAUACACCAACAACGUUGUGGCAGGAGAAGAGUAUGGAGAUGACGAAUACAUAGAUUCCAAUAGUACUGUAACAUAUGAAAAAAUUAAUGAUGAAAAUAUGGAUACUAACGAAGAGUCAGGAGAAACAACUACAACAACGACAUCUUACCGCAUUGAAGACAAUGAGAAUGGAGAAAUACAGUUUUUGCAAAAGUCCAAUGAUAAUUUAAGUAAUGAAAUUGAUGAAGAAAAUUUCGAUCAGGGAAAUGAAGGUAUAAUGGUUAUUGAUUUUCCUGAAGGAGUGGAUAAUGAAUUAAUAGGACAGUUCGAAGAAGUAAAAUAUGUCAAGGCGGAAAAACAAUCGCCGACUAAACCUAAAAAAUCAACACGUAAAAAAUCUGUCACUAGAUCUACAUCGAUUUCAGAAACAACAUUUCUUGCAAAAACAUAUGUGAACCCAUUACAACGCAGUACGGAUACACCAAAAAUAUUCAAGUGUGAUGACUGUCCAAUGGUCUUUUCGACAAAAUCAUCUUUAGAGCGUCAUUUACGAACUCAUCGAAAAGUUGAGAAAACUGGUGUAACGUUUCAGUGUCCAGAAUGUCGCAUAGUGGUUUCAUGUAGCAGUGCUCUUCGCCGUCACAUGUACGUGCAUUGUGACGAGAAACCUUUUUCUUGUAACGUAUGUGAAAAAUCGUUUGUGCAAAAAGAGAUUCUCAAGAGGCAUAUGCAAACGCACACUGGAAUUAAACCACAUCAAUGUCCGCAUUGCGAAAGAUCAUUUGCUCAACGAGUUAAUUUAACUCAUCAUAUUAAUCGAAUACACUUAGAGCAGCCACGCAUCCAACAGCAUCCCUGUCAUUUAUGUACCAAACGUUUUAAUCACGCAUCUGGUCUAAGUCGUCAUUUGGCCUCACAUAGUGGCGUAGCAUUUCAGUGUAGCGAAUGUGAUCGAACUUUUGGUGAUCGUUCGUCAGUAAAGAGACACAUUAUUAAUAUGCAUCGUAAUAUUAAAAAAGAAAAUGUCAAAUCACAAACUCCAUGAACAUGAUAAUGUAUACAAAAGUAUAUGAUUUUUAGUAUUUUAAUUAUACAUGUAAUUUUGUUACAUAGUUUUAUCUAUAUUAGACAAAUAAAUGCUUUUAAACUAAAAAAAA